AUGAUCGUAGUUGUGUUCGGUGGCGAAUAUUUCAUAGCCAAUGGCAUGCUCAAAUUUCCUGGAAAAGUUACUAGUGUGAACGGCUGUCCUGCAGACUUACUCGCUAGCCUUUCUUUCAACGCAUCAGCACGGGUCCAGACUUAUGUCGGCGUGGGAUCUCCUGUAGUCGCUGAUGCAUCAGUGCCUCUCAUCUUCCAGUUGUCCUACUGGUAUUACAUCACUCUGGGCACUCUGGUGGUUCUUCUGGUGGGCCUUCCGGUCUCCUACUUAACGGAGCCUGUGGAGAUGAAACACUUGGAACCAGCACUGUUCGCUCCAUUCGUCCGUCAGUUUCUCCCCCAGAAACAGAACUUUCCUGUCAAACCUCAAGGAGAAGAAUACAAGCUUGUACCCACAGAUGUUUACUCCAAGGACAUGGCCGAACCAGAAGCAGAUAAUAAAGAAAUCCUUAGUUAAUA